AUGACCACGAGCACAUCUACGGAGAACCGGAUAGAUGACGAUCAACUCCGUGAACUCUUCAGUUCAUUGGCAACAUUAGCGCAACAGGGACCACUCCCAGUGCAGGCCUACAGUGUUCUGGUUCACAAUCACUCACCGGAGGCACUGGCCGAGCAGUUACAUCAGAAAUGGUUGGCUGAUGGUCGUUUUGCUCCACUUGCUGCCGACAUUGUAUUACAUGUAAGAAAGACAAACUCGUCAGGACUUGCACUCUCGUCGUGCGUCUUGGCGCUGCUACUGAAUGACUAUCGUAGUCGAUUAGAAGUUCGAAGUCGUUCAACACUCAUGUUUCGUAAUAGCGUAAAAGCAAUGUUCGAGAUGUAUAAUGUGUUUCUACGGAUCGACGGUUGUGUAGCAAAAUGUCUAGUAAAGCCUAUGUUCAAAUGCUUGGACAUCUUAGUCGAUGACGGUCCAAGCUCUGAAGACUUGGAAGUAAUGGGAGUUCUGAUGACAGAACACGGAUCAAUGCUGUAUAAUUUGAACCCGUACCUGGUUGAUCGAAUGAUUGUGAAAAUUCGUGCCAAAUUAUGCUCUGACGAACCAGCAAUGAACAGUGAUAUCAGGAAAAUUUUCCUUCAUGUACUGGAUCUAUGGGCCUGGGGUUGGAAUGAGCUGAUGAUUCCGGAAUGCUUAACAAUGUCUUACUCGGAUCUGUCCAGCGUGGACAACUCAACUCUUCAACGAAAAAGGGAUGCAGGCAAAC